GGCAUUGGAGUUCAAUAAUUUAAAGUCUAUAUUUUAUGCAAUAUGUGAAAGAGAGAGAACUGUAUGCUUCGAAGCAUAGUUUCUCCAACAAACACAGUGUUUAUUCAAAAUAAUUGGAUAUUUAGAAAAUUAGGAAUAAAUCAAACUGUAGUUGGAAUUUUUCAUGAGAAAAAAUGCCGUCACAACGGAGAUUGGAUAAAAGUCGUUCUCAGAGACCGGCAUCGCGUGAAUCGGGUCGGGCGUCGUCCACAGGAUCAACUGCCGGAAAAGGGAAAGAAUCGAUGGUACUGACCGAAGGAAGCCUCGCCAUCUUAUCACGUGAAAUAGGCGCUGCAAAGGUCGAUGGUCUCGUGCUGUGCAUGUACCUAAAUAUACCAACAACAACUAUUGUUAAUGCCACAAACGAAGGUUCAGAGACUGGUCUAUUAGGAGCGAGUGACACACUUAUCAUAGAGGCGACACAGAGGCUACUACUUACGUGGAAGGCAUUAAGGGCGGGGUCAAAGGACAAGGACAAAGUUAAAGAUCUAGAACGCGCUCUGAAGGAGAUGGGAAAACCAGAAUUUGCAGAUGUUAUUAAUGAUAAACACGCUAAUAAUGUAGAACUCGCUUCAGAAUUUUUCCAAAAUUUGUAAAACUUGAUUCCUAGCGUGACUGAAGUGUGUUUCUGGAACUUCUUUUUUCAAACUAUCUGUGAUAUGAAAGGACUACUUUUACCCCGAUUUUCUGUAUUAUGUCAAUGUCAACUAGGUCGUAUACUUAUAUCUUACAAAAUAUACAUAGAUCUAUUCAUUAUAUAAUACGUUUGAUCGUUAUUUAAUUAAAGUUCAAUCAUUAUUCAA